AGUUGGACAUCAUGCUUUUGUUUCUCUGGUGGAUGCUGGUCUGGAAAUGAACUGUGCCUACCCGCUGAUGCUGCGUGCAGAACGCAAAGUGGAUGUCAUCAUUUCUGUGGACUUCAGUGCAGGCGACGUGUUUGAGACCCUGGUCAAAGCCAAACAAUACUCAAAAGUCAAUUGUCUGCCUUUCCCUCCUGUGAAAAUCAAUGACAGGGCUCCAAAUGACUGCAACGUGCACAGUGACCCGGCGACUCUGACGGUUAUUCAUAUCCCGCUGGCAAAUGCAGCAAAUGCAAAUGAAUUGGACAUAUCUGAAUUUCCCACCGAGAAACUGAAAUACAACAAAACAGAAAUUGCCAAGCUGUUCAGGGAGGCUAAAACUAACAUCAUCCGGAACAAAACUAAAAUACUGGAGGAAAUCAAGAAGAAGAUGCAUCCUUUAUAAUUUAAAAAGGGAAAAUGGAAACAAUAACUGUAUGUGCAUUCAUAUUAAGUCAGGUUGUCGAACUUCACUUGUAACGUUCCACAACGCACCUAGAAAGUGAUCAGUUUUCUCUGCAGAAAUAAUCAAAGAGCAGACAAGCACCAACACUUCCCUACUAACUACUAAUUUCACAAUAGUGACCAAACCAACAAAAAAAAAAUGUAAAAACAUUAUAAGGGAAGAUGUUAAACCGGCUAUCUAUUUGAUAACUCCUGCCCCUUCCUCCACAUUUCAACAUGUUUUUCCGACUUAUAGAAAUAAAAUGCAGCACAAAACACACAAACUGCAACAAUCAACUGGUCAGAAUAGGAGUUAGUCACUAGAAUGUCCAGGUAGAAAAAUAAAAUAUUGGUCAAAUAAAAUGAUGGAAAGAUAGAAGCUGAUUAUGAGAUAAACUUUUUGAAAUUAGUAGUCGGGCACCUGGUCUAACAAAAAAAAAAAAAAAUCGUACCAGCUGUAGGAAAAUAUGGCAUAUGAGUGUAUCCAGCAGGAUAGAAUUGAAAAUUUUUAAAUUUUGGAAUAGUAGUAAUACUCAAGAUGGGGGGCAAAACUAAUUGGGGAUGCAGAGGAUGCAUUGCACUAGCAGUGGUGACCCAUAAGGAGCUCCGUUUCUAAUUUUUGCGAAUGCCCCAACAAGGGGGACCGACUACCUGGCUUCCCUACCAUGUGUAUCGCAGAACUGUACAUUGUGACUAAACUACAUCGGUAAGGGGCCAUAAACAUAUGUGGGUUACCCAAAUCAAAAUGACCCGCUUUAAAAAAACAUUUCCAUAUUCGUCAAAGAAACCAUACUGUAUAUAUAAAGACAAGAACAAAGUGAAAGGAUAUACAUAUUUAACUUAAUUUUAAAUCCUAGAAAGAAACAACUGAAGAAACGUAACAAUA